AUGAGCAGACCGUGUGCUCACAUUACCCUUUUCUCCCGCCGUUCGGCUCCACUAGAGGAAACGAAGGAGGAAAUCCUUGCGACAUGUCCGAACAGAAACCAAGAUAUCAACACCGUCACUAUCAACAUGGGUGAUGCCCAGAUGGUCGAUGAGGCAUUCAAGAGGCAGCCUCGGCCCGCAGAUAUUUUGUACUGUGUGGCCGGUGGCAACCAUGGCCAAAACGGCUUCUUUGUUGAUAUCACUGCAAAGGACCUCGAAGAUUGCAUGCGGAAUAACUACUAUUCCGCCGCAUACGCCGCAAAAUCCAUGCUGGAUAUCUGGAUCGCCGAUGAUGCAUCAGUACGCAAACCAACCCGCCAGAGGCACCGGCGGAUCAUCUUCAUCAACAGUGCUGCUGCAUUCUUAGGGUUACCGGGCUCAAUUGCCUACACAACGGCCAAGUGCGCCGUGCGUGCCCUGGCGGACACACUCCGGAUAGAACUGCUCCGCAACGACUGCGCGGCAUCAACCUACUCAAUCCACAUCGCGUUCCCAGGCGACUUCGUCUCGCCAGGCUUCAUGAAGGAGCAGCAAACGAAAGUAGCCCUUAACAAGACAAUUCAGGGGCUGAACCACCCGAUCGAGCAGCUCAAGGCCAAGUUCCCGUCAUCGGACAAGGUCGCGAGUCUGAUCAUCCAUGCAGUUGACAGAGGCGACUUUAUUAUCUGCGAGGACUCGAUGGCGGCGUCUGUCUUGUUUGCUAAUAUGCAGGGGCCGUCGCCCAAGAGAGGUUGGGGCGUGUUUGAUGCGUUGCUUUCGCCGGUUAUGAAUUUGUUUGUGAUGCCGUAUCUAAGAUGGAAGUGGGAGGGUUUGACGAGGAAGGACGGCGAGAAACUUCAGAGGUCAAGAGAAUGA